UGAUGAUCUUAUCGAAAUGUUACCGUAUUUGGAAAGUUUAGGGUUUCGUAAUUUAUAUUUGUUACCACAUUAUGAGUCACCUCUUGCAGAUGGAGGUUACGAUGUGAGUUCUUAUCGAGCUAGAAAGAAUCUGGGUGGUCAGGAAGCUUAUUUAAGGUUUAUGAAAGUGGCAAUUUUGAAAGGUUUUCGAGUAGCUACGGAUGCAAUAUUGAAUCAUACUUCAGUUGAGCACAGUUGGUUUCGACGAGCUAGAAGAGGAGAUAAGAGAUAUCUUGAUUAUUAUUUGAUAAGGAAUGGUAGAAAGAAGAUUGGAGAAGUGGAACGAAAUGGCGAUAUUAUUUGUCGUUAUGAGGAUCCUGAUAAGACCAUUAGUGAGAGAGUUUGUAUAUUUCCGGAUGUGGAUCGCACACAUGGCCUUUUAGUAACCCAAAACAAAGACACAGUUGUACAAUUUUAUCGAAGUUUUUAUCCUUUUCAAGUAGAUUUAGAUCUCCGAAAUGUUUCUGUGUUGGAUGAAAUAUUUCAUAUUUUAGGUGAAGAAGUCAAUCAAGGCAUAUUAGGAAAGAGAAUGGAUGCCAUACCUUAUUGGAUAAAGAAACCAGGAACAAGUGGGGAUUCUUUAAAGGAGACUCAUGUUUUACAUUCUCUUUUGAAGACUUAUUUGAAGCAUCUUUCAUCUCGAGUUGUUAUUAUUCCAGAAGUAGUGAAAAGUGCUUCAUCUGCUGCAUCGUUUAUUGGAAAAGAAAUGCAACUUUUGGGACAACCAUGUAGUUCAGAAGGUGACUUGUUAUUGGCUUUUGAAAUGCAGGCCCAAUUGCGAGAAAUGAAUUACUUACAAACUGUUGUUCCAUUUUGGAAACUAUUUUUUCAGUUGCCUCGAUUACCUUCCAAUGCAGAAUGGCUCAAUUUGUUAGAACAUCAUGAUGAAACCUAUCUUAGUUUCUUCUCAGAUCAAGUGAGACCUUUCAUAGCUUCCUAUAUUGAAGAACAUGGAGGUGUAGUUUAUAAGAAUCAAACGAGUGCUGGUUGCAGAUAUGCCGAUUGUUUGAAUCAUCAUGUUGAGAGAUUAGCAACAGCUAUUUUUACUCUUUAUAUGUGUCCAGGAGUUCCCUUAAUCUACUAUGGCUUAGAGAUUGGAUGGGGAAACAAUCCUUCACAUGCAACUUUUGCACAGCAUUGGCAACAAGAAAUAUUCAAGAAAUUUGAGUUGCAUAUGUCGGAAGAGAAAUGUUUUGAUCCGCGAGAGUUGCAAAGAGGUCCUAUUCCAAAGACUAAGUUUGAGGAAGCUAUGAAUGAGAAGAUCCCAACCAUUGAGUUGAUACGCCGAUUGAAUUAUUUGAGAAGGCAAAGGAAUAGCCUUUCAGCAACUGCUCAGAUACAUCCUGUUGAUUCCGGUCAUAUUUGUUUGUUCAGCAUGAUUCGAGUUGCCAUCGAUGAUGAGCCGUUGUUAUGUGUUGCCAAUCUUUCCAACAAUCAGAUGUGUUUGACUAUUCCUAAUUGGCAACUUAAGCAAUAUCUUUCAAUUGACGAAAUGACGCAUAUUGCUAUGACUGAUUUACUAACGGAACAAAACGUUGUCUUAAUCAAACAGAAGGAAGACCCUCAUUAUUUAUUAGACUUGCCUCCCUUUUCAAGAGCCAUUCUACACAAGUAAAUUAUUCCAUCCCACUCUUACUAUUCCCAGUCAUCGU